AUGGCUAUCGAAAUAAAUGGGAAUCAAUUUAGAGGAAAAUCUCGCACAACUUUGAGUCAGAUAACUCAGCUAUCUGAUAAGUUGAGAAGAAGGAAGAUAGUAGGCAGCAAUCAAACAGCAUUAGAGACUGCUUUAUUGUUAAGACUUGUCGUUUCUAACGCGAAAUUUAGCUCUAUCGAAGAGUUAUUAGCAAUCGUCGAGGCUGUUGGUCAAUCCCUUUUAGAUUCACAGCCCAAAGAGUUGGCAAUCAUCAACGUGACUCGCAAGGUCCUUAAAUUGAUCAGAGAAGAAUACCAGCAAGCACUUAGAGCUUCAAAUCUAGAUAGCUCAGAGCCUGCACUUCGAUCGAGCUUCAUGACACCAAAGUUAUAUGACGUUGGAUUACCUAAAGAUCAAAUGAAUGAUAGUACAGCUCAAUCUUCGUCAUAUCAAUUUCAAAAAAGCAAUUCAGAUAUCGACGACUUUAAUAGAAAAUCGACAACAGUCAUGAUACAAGCGAUACAAGAAGUGAUUGAUGAAAUAGAAACUACAUAUGAGCAGGUUUCUAAGAACGCGUCGAACCACAUUAAGUCAACCGAUGUAAUUUUGACGAUUGGAAAAUCCAAAACGGCUGAAUCGUUUAUAAAAUCAGCAGCAACAACCUCGGGUGGGCUAAUGGUUUAUGUUGCGGAAAAUGCACCAUUAUUUAAUGGGAAAGACAUGGUCAAGUCGUUAGAGCAAGUUAAAGGUGUUAAAGUGAUAAUGAUCAGUGAUUCGACGAUUUAUUCAUUAAUGCCACGCAUAACAAAAGUAGUAAUUGGGACGCAUGUGGUGUUAUCAAAUGGUGGAAUUAUAGCAGAGACGGGCACUUAUUUAACCAGUGCGAUUGCAGGGAUGCAUGCGACACCUGUAAUAUGUGUAACGGGUCAAUUUAAGAUAACAUCAAAUAAGGAUAACAGGGAAAGCGGAGAAUUCAGUUCAAGUGACUAUGUGAACUCAGGCAAAAUGAUUAAGUAUGAUGAUGGAAGGGUAGUUGAUCGGGUAGAUGUAGGCGUACCUUAUUAUGAGUACGUCAAACCGGAAAUGAUUACGGUCUUUAUAACCAAUGACGGGGAGUAUCCACCGAUGUUGAUCCGUAGAUUGAUAGAUGAAGAGAUGAGUGACUAG